CAGGACAGCUCACCUCCCUCUGUAUCCCUCUGACCGGUGGACUGCGCGGAGCGAAGUGGGAGCCAAGCCAAGUCUCCUCUCCUCUCUCGCAGCGCUCGCAGUUCUCUCCCCCCAAAUCCGGCCACCUCCCCGCCGGAAUUCGUCGCCGGAUCGAGCCAGAGCUUGAACUGAGCUAUGGACAACUUGUGGCAUCUUGGAGAUGAGUUCCGUGGGCAGUCCAAGGUGAUGGAGGACCGUCAAUGGUCUCUGAUGACAUCAAAGUUGGCUGAGAUCACAAAGUCAAAGGCUGAGAGGAUGAAUGACUUUGACUAUGCGCGGAUGAACACUGUCCCUGAGAUGAAGCAGUGGGAUAGGCUACCCUACCACCAAGAUGACAGCAAGAUAGACCACCUCAAUCUUGGCCUCAUGAACUUAGAUUUUAAGAUGAAUGAUAUCAAGAUGAAUGAGGCUGCCAUGAAGUACCCUUUCCGCAACAUGCCCUAUAACAUGAAUCAGAUGUACCCCAAGGGAAACAAUGGUAAUGUCAAUUCAUUCAAGAUGAAUGCUGGGGCCAACAAAUAUUCGAAUAACAUAAAUGGGAAAGAGGCAAAUGGCAAACACAAUGGUAGUAACAACAACAACGGAAGCAACAGCAACAACAACUCUGUUGACAAGCGCUUCAAAACAUUGCCAACAAGCGAGAUGCUGCCAAGGAAUGAAGUUCUUGGUGGAUACAUCUUUGUCUGCAAUAAUGAUACCAUGCAGGAGGAUCUCAAGAGGCAGCUUUUUGGUUUGCCAGCAAGAUAUCGUGAUUCAGUCCGGGCGAUUACUCCUGGUCUACCUCUUUUCCUCUACAACUACACCACCCACCAGCUCCAUGGGGUGUUUGAGGCUGCUAGUUUUGGAGGAUCAAACAUUGAUCCCACCGCUUGGGAAGAUAAAAAGUGUAAAGGUGAAUCCAGAUUCCCAGCACAGGUGAGGAUUCGCAUUAGAAAGCUUUGCAAAGCUUUGGAAGAGGAUGCUUUUAGGCCAGUGUUGCACCACUAUGAUGGUCCUAAAUUUCGCCUUGAGCUCUCCAUAGCAGAGACACUGUCACUGCUAGACCUGUGCAAGUCAGACGAUGUCUGAGUUUGCUGCAGAGGUGGUUGCCUUGUGGUUUUAGUAAAUAUCAUCCCUGUAAUCUUGUGGAAGAUGGUUCGUGAUGUCCUCUCGUUCAUGAAGCGCAAGCUGUUGUUUGCAUUUUCCCCAGAAAGGACCUGGUGCUUCGAAGGCCUCUUAAGAUGUGCGCCUGUCUGUGUCGUGCCGUCCCUAAUCUUGGUGAAGUGUAUGUUUUCCUAUUUAUGUAUUGUAGUUGCAGUAUACCCAACGGGGAACCCUGAAAGAUGUGGUUACUGUAAUGCAUCUGCAUCAUGAUGCCCUAAAGUAAGGGUGUUGAUGCUGGAGUUUAUCUGUGUUGUACCUUGGGAAGUUAAAACCUUUGCAUUUGACUUGAUGCUGCUUCUGUACUGCUAGUGGUGAAAAUUGAAACCUUGCAUUUUGACUUGUUGCUGCUA